CAUUUCUCCCCUUAACAAUUUAAAACACCUAAACUCGAAUCGAAUAUAAUAAAGUUGAAAAACCCCAGAACUAUAUAGACCUUCGGCAAUAUGAUCUACUUACAGAAUUGCUGCUGCUGUGUGGAUCUGCGCAUCGGCACCAUUAUAAUAGGGAUAUUGCAUAUUAUAGCGGAUAUUGUAGCAGGUACCUGUGUGGCUCUAUUCGGAGAGUCUGGUGUUCCCGACUUGGGACAUGCUCUGGUCCUUAUAUUCGUGAUGAUACACAUCUUGAGCUGCGUUUUUCUGAUCAUCGGAUGUUUUCUGUUAAGGAGCAGCUGGAUGCUGUUCUAUAUAUUAGCGACUAUGAUUAUGAUCCUGGCCAUGAUCAUAUUGAUAGUAUCCGACGUAAUACUGGUUAUUUGGUUCUGGGUGAUAAUCAUCUAUGCCUUUAUGUUCUUUCUUUCGCUUUAUUUCUGGCUGGUGGCCUACUCCUUCUAUGCCGCCUUAGGAGGAGUCCUGUUCCUCUGAGACUAAACCUCUUUUAUUAAAUUGUAAUGUGCUAAUAGAAAUAAAACCUUUGGGUCUUUGACAAUGUA